AUGAUCGAGCAGGCCUGCCAGGAAAUGGAGGCACGGGGAAUCAAGGUCAAGCGGACGAGUAGCCUCUGGGAAACCGAGCCCAUGUACGUUCUAGAUCAAGAUAGAUUCGUGAAUGGGGCCUGUGAGGUUGAAACUGAGCUUGAAGCACUGCCCUUGCUGGACCAACUGCAAGAUAUCGAAAAGUCCAUGGGGCGAAAGAAGCUCAUCGACAAGGGUCCUAGAAACAUAGACCUAGAUGUCUUGCUAUAUGGCGACGAGAAGGUCGAUCACGAACGGCUCACUGUACCGCACAUUGGCAUCCCCGAACGGGAAUUUGUCCUGCGGCCUCUUGCGGAACUGAUCCCUACCAAGGCAAUCUAUGCGUCAAAACCUUGGAAGCUCGUCCAAGAUUUCCUCAAUGACCUCCCUCCUUCAUCCGACCCACUGUCCACGUUGACUCCCAUCUCUUCCACGGUUCAGUCAUUGAAUGCCCUGAAAGCUGACCGGAAGACCCAAGUCAUGGCUAUCCUAAACAUUACCCCCGACUCGUUCUCAGAUGGAGGCGUGCAUACUCCUGAUUCUUUGAGGGAUUCGGUCCUCACUUUCAUCCGCGGAGGGGCGACCAUGAUUGAUAUUGGCGGGCAGUCAAGCUCCCCGGGAACCCCUGACAUCAGUGCAGACGAGGAAAUCAGCAGGGUUCUUCCAGCGAUAGAGCUUAUCCGCAGUCUACCAGAGGCACGAGAUGUCGCCAUCAGCGUUGAUACAUAUCGUGCUCCCGUAGCCGAAGCCGCCGCUCAAGCCGGAGCAGAUAUCAUCAAUGACAUCUCUGCUGGACAAUUGGACCCCAACAUGCUUUCAACAAUGGCACGACUUGGCAAAACAGUUUGUCUGAUGCAUAUGCGCGGGAACCCGGGGACUAUGAGCAAGCUGAACGACUAUCCAGAAGGCCUGAUUCCUACCAUAGCCAAGGAGCUUCUUGAACGGGUUGCGGAAGCAGAGGCAGCAGGUAUUCGUAAAUGGCGCAUCAUCCUAGACCCCGGCCUAGGAUUCGCCAAGGUUGGGGAGCAGAACCUCCAUAUACUAAGGCAUUUCGAUGAGCUGCGGAACUGGCCGGGUUUGCAAGGCUUCCCGUGGCUACUGGGCUCAAGCCGCAAAAGUUUCAUUGGCAAAGUGACUGGUGUCCCAAAGCCAAUGGACCGGAUCUUUGGCACGGCUACAACUGUAGCAGCGGCUGUGCAGGGAGGCGCAGACAUCGUGAGAGUUCAUGACGUCGUGGAGAUGGGACAGGUGGUCAAGAUGGCUGAUGCUAUCUGGCGGUAUUGA